AUGGACCACUUUGUGCCUGCAUUUAGAGUAAUCGAUUCAAAAAAUGGUUCAAAUGGUUUCAUGUUAAUCGACGGAAAAGGAGAAUCACAAAAUCUAAGUCAGCAAGUUACUGUGACUGCUGGUCUUUUUGACAUAAUGUCUUCUAAUUCAUACAUUGAUCAUCCCCUAUGUGAAGAAUGUUCAGAAUCUUUGUUAGAUUUAAUGGAUCAGCAACUUAAACUUACUGAAGAAGAAUUAAACGAUUAUAGUAAUUUUUUAAGAAAAAUAGAAAACGAAGAUGAUUUCGAUAAUAUCGAGGAUUUAGAAAGAGAAUUAGAAAAUUUAAAAAACGAAGAAGAAACAUUAAUAGGAGAAUUAAAAACGCUGCAAGAGAAAGAAAAAAAAGCCAAAGAACUUUUAGAAAGAGAAGAACAAGAAAAAGAAAGAUUGGAUAGGGAAGAAGAAAAAUAUUGGAGAGAAUAUUCUCAUCAUAGAAGAGAUCUCAUGGUUGCAGAAGAUGAAUCGAAAAGUUUAGAAUGUCAACUAGCAUACACACAAUCUCAAUUAGAAAAAUUAAAAAAAACAAAUGUAUUUAAUGCAACUUUUCACAUUUGGCACAGCGGAGGUCACUUUGGAACAAUCAAUAAUUUUAGGUUAGGAAGAUUACCAAGUGCUCCAGUUGAUUGGAGCGAAAUAAAUGCUGCUUGGGGUCAAACAGCUUUACUACUCAGUGCCUUGGCUAGAAAAAUUAAUUUAACUUUUCAAAGGUAUAAGGUUGUGCCUUUUGGAAAUCAUUCAUACAUAGAAGUUUUAGAAGAUCACAAAGAACUGCCUUUGUAUGGUUCAGGAGGAAUCAGGUACUUAUGGGACAGCAAAUUUGAUGCUGCCAUGGUAGCUUUUCUAGAUUGUUUGCAACAAUUUAAAAAUGAAAUGGAAAAGGGAAAUUCAGAAUUUUGUUUACCAUAUAAAAUGGAUAAGGGGAAAAUUGAAGAUUCUGCUACUGGAAUUUCAUUUUCUAUAAAAACGCAUUUCAAUUCGGAAGAACAAUGGACGAAAGCAUUAAAGUUUUUAUUGACAAAUUUAAAAUGGGCAUUAGCUUGGGUAUUUUCACAAUUUACAAGAAAUGAAAUCGAUUCUGGUAAUUAA